AUGUGCAGCUGCAAUGAGCACCUCCUGCUUGUUGCUGUUGCCAUGGUCAUGGUCACCUCAACAGUUACAAUUGAUACGUCAAGGAUCAGCAAGGGGGAUGUGGCUGGGGAUAACCACCUCCUUGUCCUUGAUGAGGUUGCCAUGAUCGUGACCACCUCAACAGGCACCUGUACUGUAGUCCCUGACACAUUCACUGUGUCUGUUCCUGAUGGGCCACUCUAUGCCUGGAAGGACUCCUCCAUCAUCCUGCCCUGUUCAGUCUCUCCGGCGUUCACUGACUCACUGGAGGUGCGCUGGCACCGGCCUCAUGAGUUCAAAACUCCCGUUCUGCUUUACCAGAAACAGCAGAUCCAGCAGCAGCCUGCUGACGCUCAGUACAAGGGCAGGGUGCGUCUGACAGGGGAGCUGGAAAAGGGAAUCUUGUCCCUGGAAAUGGACAAAGUCCAACUGGAAGACAGUGGAGAUUAUGUCUGCUAUGUUUCAGCUAAGACAACGUACCAGCAGGCCCGAAUUCACCUAGUUGUGAAAGUGAUGGGCACUCCACCGGUCCUUUCAGUCUCUGAUGGUGGCAGUGGGCAGGUGAACGUUACCUGUGAAUCAGAGGGUUGGUCACCACAGCCCACACUCACCUGGAGAAACCCAGGAGGCACCGAAAUCCCCAGCAAGAGCUAUCAUAUUGCAACAGAUGCCCAUGGACUUGUGAGUGUGACUUCCUGGCUGCUGCACUCUUCCUCUGAGUGGAUUGCGUGCUCUGUAGGUCUCUCUGAAGAUGAGAGAAAAGAGAGCAGGUUCUUACCAGGGACAGUGCACCAGAUACUGGCAGAGAGGGAGAGUCUGAAACAGAAGAGUGAAGGUUUGGAAAAAUCAAAAGAUCCAGACCCAGAAGAAGUGGUCCCUUCAGAUGUCGCCGUCCACUGUUCAUGUGAUGCAAAUGCCAUAUUAUCUUGUCAACUCUCAUCUGAAAAAAGUGCUGUUGACAUGGAGAUCCGGUGGUUUAAAUGUACAGAGUGUAUUUAUCGGUACCAAAAUGGCCAGGAGAAAGAAGGAAGGGGCUAUGAAGGCAGAGUAAGCCUCUGCAAGGAAAUGCUGGAGAAUGGGAAGAUAUUCCUGGAACUGAGGAAGAUCAAUCCAGAGGACAAGGGGACUUACGUGUGCCAAGUCAUCCAUAGAGAGUACAAUGAGUGUGCCAUAGAAAUUAGGCAUGCUCCUUAUGCCAAAGGAUCAGGGGGACUCGAGUUCAUUGAGGAAAAUAAACUGGAAAUGGAAGCAUCUGCCCAGGAGCUUGGCUCUUUGGAAUGCAGUUGCAGUCUGUCCACCUGA